AUGCUCCAAGAGAACCAGGAGGUGGAAGACACGUAUGGGACAAGGACCUCAUUCUACAAACAAUGUCUAAGUACCUAUAAAAGUGACAUCAAAGUCCCCGUCUCUUUCACUCUUGGGAAUGGCAAGUAUUUCAGAAUGAACAUCACACAAUGCAACGACGCAGAUAACUGUAACUCUCCUGUACUUGGAGUGCCCACGGGGAGCACCACUGCAAAUGGGCUGCAGUGCUCAACCUGCUUUGGUCGGAACAUCGAUGACUGCAAUGUUCAAACAACCCCUUGUACUGGGGAUGAGACCUAUUGCAUGAAUUUCACGGGGUACCUAGUGAACGAUUCAGGUAUUUCAGGCUUUGUUGGAAAAGGCUGCGCUACUGCGUCCACAAAAGACAUUAAACCUGAAACUACCCUGAGUUCUGCAAACUACAGAUUCGUCUUUUUAUGGGGGAGCUCUGUUCCAGCGGAUAAAAUACCCACCACCUCCCCUCCCACAAACACCACCUCCCGUAAUACCACCAAUGCCCCUCCCACAGGGGCCAACACCGCUAAUACCACCAAGCCCCCUCCCACAAUCACCAACCCCGCUAAUACCACCCCCCUCCCCACAACAACCCGCAGUGGGGCCAGCCUGGCGCUGGGAAAAUUCUCCUUUGCCCUCUACCUGCCUGGCCUGACUGGGUUGCUGCUGGUGAAGCUGCUCGCCUGACCCCCGCCCUGUACGGCCCACGCAGAACCUGG